AUGUCAGAGCCAGAAGAAAGUCUGGCAGCGCCGGAUAGCACUACGAGGGAACAAAAGUUAGGCUUCUCUCAUGGAGAUGAUGUUCUUCUUCAACACAAGGAUGGAAAAUAUUAUCUUGGAACAGUUGUUGAGGUGGAUUUGGCAAGGGAAAAAUGCCUUGUCAAAUUUAUGGACAACACCUCCGCAUGGUCCUCAGUUAAGGAGCUGACAAAGCUUUCUAUGCCAGACUCAGAUGUUAUGUGCGUUCUUUGUAAAAAAUCUCAGCCCAAGACUGAUAAUGACAUUAUUGUUUGUGACAAAUGUGGCCGUGGUUAUCAUCAACUUUGUCAUCAGCCUCAAAUAUCAAAAGAAGAAACUGCAAUUGAGGCACAUUGGAUGUGUAAAAGAUGUGUAGAUAGUCAACCACGGACACGUGAAAUUGUAGAACCAAAAACUUCUAUGGUAAAGGCAAGUAUCAGAAAAGUAUGCAGUGGUAGGGACCAACCUCAGCCGCCACCAGAUGAUAUGACAAAGUUGCCGUACGAUCCUGAUAUGUUGAAUUGGGAUGCACAUCAUAGAGUAAAUGCUGAACAAAUUUAUUGUUAUUGUGGACUGAAUGGUGAAUGGUAUACACAAAUGUUGCAAUGUGCUCGUUGCAAACAGUGGUUUCAUGAAAAAUGUGUCAGUUGCCUAACUUAUCCUUUAUACAGUGGAGAUAGGUUUUAUGUAUUUGUUUGUUCAAUGUGCAAUUAUGGCAAAGAAUUCGUACGGCGACUGGAAUUGAAAUGGGUAGAUCUGGUGCACCUGAUGUUGUACAAUUUGACUGUUUACAAUGCUAAAAAGUAUUAUGAUUUGGACACUGUUAUUGUACCUUAUGCCAAUGAUAACUGGAAUACUUUACAGCUUCCACCGCGGAUCAGGGAUGUCAGUGCUCAAAUACGCAGAGAAUCUAUACUAGCAAUAUUGACAAAUAAUAGAAACAGGUUCAAGUGUGGCAGAGAAAUAAAGAAACGUACUACAAUAUGGGGCCUUAGAGUUAGGUUACCACCACCAUGCCCAAUUGUUAAUCUUCCAGCAACUGGUAUAAUAGAUGAUUCUGUGUUACGUAGAUGCUGGGGUGCUAAUAAAAGACUGCAAUAUCUUCCUCCACCUACAGGACCGAUAUCUUUACCAGAAAGUACAAAACAGUUAACUGCAUUAAAACAAAGCACAGCAGAGAAUUUAGAAAUUCCUGUGAACCCAUCAGAUGUAGUAAUGCGAGGAACAAUUUAUCAAAAUUCUGAAGCAGAACAAAGUUCUUGUCCCAGUCCAAGUCCACCAAGCCAAUCUACACAAUCUUUGAGAGAGAGGUAUAGUGGAGGUGGUUUUGUAAAGAAAUCAUUCCCAUUCCCUAAACUCAGUUUACAAAGAAGAAGACGCUUAAUGGCGUUAGGUAGUUCUCGUGAGAGAAUGUUACGUAAACACAAGAAGAGAGAAAAAGGCGAUGGUGCUUUAAGUAAGGCUCAGGGUGUUCGAGAAGCUAGAUAUAGGAAAGCAAGAAAAUUAUUGAAAAAUGCUAUAGCAAAGGUAUUUCGUGAUAAAGAGACUUUCACUUAUAAUAACAUGCCCAUACAAGAAAAGUACAAACCAAUUGUUCGUCAUAUGUUACAGAGUAAAUCUCGAAACUCUGAAACGUCUGAUUUACCACCAACGCCUCCAACUUCAGUUUCUGGUCCACCUACACCACCAGCUACAACUUCGGGUAUAUCUGAACUAUCUGUGCCUAGUUCUGUGGAAUUGAUGCAUCCUUUACCACCAUCGACUCCUGCGGAUACAAGUGGGGAUGAAACAAGUUCCAGAGGAACAUUGGACUCCUUUAUUCCACCACCCAAAGACUUUGAAGGCAAGAAUAAUCCUUUUAGAAAUCUGAGCGAUUUAUUGGGUACACCCGGCAAUCUCAAUCAAACAAAUUCAAGUACCCCGUCACCGUACAAUCAAUGUCCAAUCACAUUACCUCUACCGCUUACUCCUGUUAUAUCUCAACCGCCGGUAGUGCGGCCAGCCAAAAGACAAUUAUCGGAAAAAGACAUUAUUAUAGACAGAAACGGGCAAGUAAAACGUAGACGUCAACAUCGGAGAGGUCGUCCAUCGCAACAACAAAUGCAACAACAGUAUCAACAUACCGCCAGUAAGACGGCGACCAUCUUACCUGCGCGUAAUAACGAAGUUAAAAGUGAGUUCGCAAGGAAUUUAAGAAGUUCGUUUAACGGUGCCUCAAGCAGUGCUAGUAGUCAAAUUGGAAAUUGUGUUGAUUAUGCCUUAAACGGGAGGAGACUGAGACAACGUCAGAGCAAUGAUAAAUUACCGCCCCCGGAUCCGCAACCGCAAAAAAAAGGUAGUGUACCUUCAUCCCCAAAGUGUUCACCUGUUAAACAAAGUGCGCCCGACAUAUCCUUGGAUGAUUUGAAGUCAUCGGUGAACAUAUAUUUUGGAGCAGCUAAUAGAAUCGCUGCUGGUGAGAAGUUUGUCAUCAGAGCAAAGAGGAUAGGACCAAAUGGUCAGACUCAAUACCUAAUCGAGUGGGAGGGACUUAAUACUUAA